ACACGAUUGUGUAAACCAACAGAAUUGAAGAAAACACACCGGGAAUCGAUGCAUGUCGUAUCGAGCGAAGAGUACGGAACGGACUCAGGAUACAUUUUCAACGACCAAAAUGCAAUAACUGAAUAAACUAACAGCACAAAUGACAAACACUCGUGUCUCAACAUAUACUUUCGACAAUACGACAAUACUUUCGACAAUAUUGCAGAUCCGCGGACGUUACCAAAACCGAAGGAAAUAUUACAAUUUCCUCUAAACAAGCAGGUGUUCUAAUACUUUUGUAAGAGGGGAGGGAUAUAGGCCCGAUGCACCGGCUGCAGCGCGCGGUGCAGCGGGGCGGUCGUGCAUCUAUGCCGCGAUCGCGGCGCGUUCUCGACCGCAUACCACCUACGUCCGAGAUGCAGCGGUGUUCGGCGUGCACCACCACCACCACCGCGGUAAACACCGCUAAAACCAGCUAUGGCAGCUAUGGCAGCAGCAGGAGCAACAGCAGCAGCAGCAGCAACAACGACGAUCGUGCUCGCCUCGUGUCCACUCUCGAGGAGAGAAGGAGUGGGACAGGCGACACGAGAGCGAGAUCGGCAAGAGGAGAACACGGCGCGACGCUGCUCCGCGGCUGGCGGAGGCGAGAGAGGUCGGAGGGACGAGCGAGAGCAAAGUGGACACCGUGGAGAAAACGAGACGAACGGUAGUCUAUGGUCCAGCGACUCCGCGGCAAGAAAGAAAAGAGGAGCGCGAGUUGAAACGGAGCCGAAGCCGGAGCCGGAGCGUGUGGUCUCUCGUGGCCAGUUUCAGUCGCGGCACCCGACCGUCAGGCUCGCGGGGACCUCUUCGAAAGAGCGAACGGCGACCGCCUCGAGAUGCGAACAUCGUCGCCCGCAUUUUCGCACGAGCGGACCGAACCGAGCAGCGACGCGUCGUCCCUCCGACCGACGAGCUUCUGACGAGCCACGCUACUUUCGCUGAGGAUCCCGAGUCGGCCGUCGAGGAACGGCCGCGAUCGAUCGGUUGCUGCGAUCCUGAAAGAAAUCUGCGCGAAAGUCAGCGAGAAACCUGCGGGAGAUCUGCUGGGACCGUCCGCCGAUGCCCUCGGACUUGCUCGCUCCGAUGUGACCGGUCGCGAUCGCUGACAGCCACUCGAACGGACCCACGGCCGCUCGGAUAGAGCCGACCAUGAUCUACCAGCCGAACCACCAGACGCCGACGAUGUCGUCCGCGAGGAAAACCUCGCCGCGACCCCAGCGACGGAGCCUGCAGGCCUCGUCGGGCAAGUGCGUGAACGCGAAGGCGAAGCGCGGGAGCGACAGGACCGGGAACGAGGAUCGGUGCAGGGGCCGGUGCAGGGUGCAGUGGAGCGAGAAGCACGUGAAGGAGGGCCUGGUGCUCGUGCAGGAGACCCAGCUCGCCAGGGUGGUGAAGACGGGCCCCAUUUCGGAGCACUACGAGAUCGACCCGAAGCCGUUCGCAAACGGACAAUGGGCGAAAGUGUACCGGUGCAGGUCGCGAUCGACCGGCAUCCUCUACGCAGCGAAAUACUCGUCCAGGAGCAGAUUCAACGCGGACUGCAGCGCCGAAUUGAGGCACGAGAUCGCCCUGCUGUCGCUCUGCUCGCAGUCGCCGCGGGUCGUUCGAUUGCACGACGUCUACGAGACGCCCAAGGAGAUCAUCCUGGUGAUGGAAUACGCUCCAGGUGGCGAUCUGCAGACGCUCAUCGACGGCGAUUUGGUGCCCCUCGAAGGUGACGUGGUGCACUUUGUCAGACAGCUAGUAGAAGGACUUGCCUACCUCCACGAGAGAAAUAUUGCCCAUUUGGACAUCAAGCCGCAAAAUUUAGUGAUGAUGGGCAGCUUCCCGGAGUGCGAGGUGAAGCUCUGCGACUUCGAGAUCUCGAGGGUGGUCUUGGAGGGGACGGAGGUUCGCGAGAUCCUCGGGACGCCGGAUUACGUGGCGCCCGAGAUCCUCCACUACGAGCCGAUCACGUUGGCGGCCGAUAUGUGGUCCCUGGGCGUGACGACCUACGUUCUCCUGACGGGAUUCUCUCCUUUCGGCGGUGAAACCGAUCAGGAAACCUUUCAGAACAUAUCGCUGGGCGAGGUGGACUUCCCGCAGGAGCUGUUCGGCGAUAUUUCGGCGCAGGCCAAGGAUUUCGUCGCGAAGCUGCUGGUGCUGGACCCAAGUGCACGGAUGACGGCGAAACAAUGCCUGCGUCACGACUGGUUGCGCGGCGCACCCACACAAGCGUCGCCCCACCUGAGACGAUACCUGUCGAAAUCGAGGGAGAUCCUGCUGGAGCGGGUUGUCAGCCGCGAGAAUCUGCGGCGAGCGGCGCUUUUGAGCCAGGCGAGCAGCCAAGCGAAUCUGUCGUCGAGCGACGGGCACGAGCCGAAUCAUUGCGACCAGAGCUUGCAGGACUGUCUGCUGAGUCAAAGCGAGAUGUGCCUGAGUCACCGGCUGACCGGAAGCCGAUCUAGUCUCGAGGGUAGCGAAGGUUUCCCGAGCCCGGCGGAGUCGCGGACCAGCUUGAACUCCUCCAGGACCAAUUUGAGCUGCGCCAGUCAGAGCUGCCUGCUGAACAAAGAGCAGACGCAAGGCUUGCUGAGUCGCGCUCAGAGCCGGUCGCAGGCGAAUCUGAAUCACGGGCCGAGUCGAGGACUCCUGUCACGAAUACGAAGCCUGAAUCGAAUCCAAUCGCAGGCGUGUUUGCUGAACGGAAACCCCUCGGCAGCCUCGAGCUCGUUGCAAACGCGAAUGAUAAUCAACCCGGUGAUCAGCCAUUCCCGCGAGAAGCUGUACGGGCUCAGAUCGUUGUCCAAGUCCCAAGGGGUCUUGGAUAUAUACAGAAGCCUCGAGUGUCUCAGACGUAGACGGAAGAGCUACCAGCGCGCCAAGACCGAGGAUAUGCUGCCGAUUUUUAAGCGUCUCGGCGCCGAGAUCGACGCGUCGAACUCGUCGAACGUUUCGGACGCGUCGAUCGUGACCGCCUGCGACAAGAACGAUAUCCUAGACUUGACCGAACCGAGGACGCUUCCCGACGACAACGAAUGCAACAACGUGACCGAGCCGGAGCCGUCGGACGCGACCGUUGCCACGACCGAUAUCAUCGUCGCCGGUGCUGCGAGCGACGAUAAUAUCAAAGCGAUCGAGAACGACGCGGCAAACGCCAAAAACGAACCGAACGAGUCCGAGGAGAACUUCGACUCUCUGAAGUCCAUCGAGUCGGACACGCUGACCGAGGACUCCGACGAGAGCCCCGCGAAUCGUAAACCGGAACCGAAUCUGAUAGCCGGCAGACAUCCCUGCCAACGUCAGCACUCGGACGCCUCGAGCCAUUCGAACAAUUCCGCGACUUCGGACGACAAAGAGGACCGAUCGACCGAGUCCGAGACCGAGGAGCCGAAGUACACGGUGGCGCAGCUCGUUUCCGCGUUCAACAAGCACCAAGAGGUGGCCUCGAAGUCCAGCUUGGAAGCGAUCAUGACCGAGAAGAGAAUCAACGAGGUCACGUUCCCGACCGGUACGAAAGCUCUGAGGCUGUUUAUCCCGGACAUCGACAUCACGGAGACGAAGAUCGUGCGGCGAAAGACGAGCUACAAGCCGCGGAAGAAUUGGGAGGAGCUGAGGAAGAAGGACGAGAAGAACGAGGGCCUGCUGAAGAGGUUCGACCGCGACUCGGGGAACGAGGACGACGAGGACGACGAGGAGAACGACGAGGCCGCGGAGAAGACGAACGACAAGGCGAGCACGACCGUUUCCGGGGAAGGAGGCAGCGACGAGAAGAAACCGAUCGGCCGAGUGACGAUAGAGAACAGCGAAAAGGAGGACGCCGCGCCGAAACAAUGGCCGAUCUUGCCGCCGAUCGAGAUCAACGGCGACUCUAUCUUCACGGAGAACAUGGACGUUCGCGACAACGUGGACACAAGGAUCGACGAGAAGUACAAGCGGUGUGUGAAAGGUGCGCAAAUGAACGCGAGCGCGACCGCUUUCGCGGACCGGCCGAACCUCGGGCCCGCGGCUUGUCAGAAGGAAAGACUGCCGAAUUACAUAUUCUCGGAAAUAACGUGCCACGGCAGAGACGCGCCUCGGAACGCGGCCACGAAGAAGGCGACGUUCGUGAUCUCGAACGGGAAGCACGGCCGAAAAGCGCCGCUCGAGAAGGAUCGGUCGAGGCCGGCGUACAACGCGGAGUGCGCGAACGUGAACCUGAAGGACAUCCUGCAGAGAGUGGACAGUUCUCAAUACACGCCGAGGGAGAACCUGGAGAACUUGCGGAAGAGGACGUCGAUCGCCAAGAUAAUCGUGAACGACAACUUGAGCUGCGAGAGUCAAGAAUCGCCGCCGUCCGGGAACUCUUCUCGGGCACGGAGCGAGCCGCCGACGAGCUUGUAUCGCAAAGAGGAGAACAGCAAGACGAAGCUGGACGCGCCGGCCUCUAUCGUCAGGUCCUGUUCCAUGUCGAGCGACAGCAGCUGCCAGACACCUUGCAGUGUGCAGUCGGAGGUGACCGGGUCCUCGUGGGAGGAGGCGCAGCCGGUUCCUUCGGAGAAGGAGGACACCGCCGGCAAGCUGCGGAAGAGGAACGACGCGAGAACGUCGAACGAGGGACGGGGCAAGCAGACCGCGGAGGACAAGCGGCUCUGGGGCCGGGUUUGCACGGGGUCUUACAGCAGAGCCAUGGAGAAGUUCAGCAAGAACAACGACGCGAACAGAACUGCGAAGUCCGUCGGCCAAGCGAACGGUGCCCAGCCGAGCGAGAAGACCAGAAGGAAAAGCAGCCCCGCCAUGCCGCAAUGCAUCAGCCCGUAGACGCAGAAUUGUCCUGCAACGAAGACUGAACAUAGAGUUUGUGCCCGGCAUCCCAUAAUCGAGCAAAUCUUUGUCGUUCCGCGGGCGUCUCGAGGGACCGCGAGACCGGGAACAAGAUAAUCCGAGAGAACGAGAUAGCUAUGAAAAUGGCAGCGGAACGGAUCGCGCUCGAAGGCAACGAUACAAUUAUGAGAAAGAACGAGGGAUACCGGUAGAGUCGCCGAUUCCUUUACGAGGAUAAUUGGAACGUGAUUCAUUCGGAGGAAACUGCGAGCCGGACGAACGCGUGUCCGUUGCGUAAACGCGCGCGCUCGCGCUUGGUUUUUCAUUGCGAAAAAGACACUUUCUAUCCCGUUGUAACGAGACACUGUGCUAACCGUAAUCGACCGACGAGGACCGAGAACACGCGACGACGAGCCUCGCGUUCGGGAGAAUUGCUCACCCGCGAGAUUAUCUUCUUACGAUACAACCUUGCCUAUACUAAUUCUUAUCGCUCUAUCGCUGUCCGGCAUACAUGUAACGAGGAAAGAUUUAAUUGCAUUACUCCGUAGAACGUAGGACCCCUGGUUCAAACUUUUGUAUCGAGGAUAUCUGAAUAAAAACUGAUUCUCGUUGACCAUC